AUGUUGAAUGAUAUCUCCAGUGAUUCUUCAAGUAAUUUCAAUUUUCAUUUAACUUCGUCUUUGUCCCAAACAAAAUUGAAAUCUUUACUCAGUUCUAAUAAAUCCAAUUCGAAUGAAUCUCAACCGUUGACUUCGGUGCAAGAAAGUGAUGACAAGUGUUUAGAUUCGAAAAAUUUAUUGCUGUCUGUCUCAACGAAUGGUGCUGAUAAUUUAAGUUGGAAAUUCUUCGAACAAGUCGAUACCCUAGAUCAUCAGCUGAGAAAUGAUGAGACUUCUCCCCCGGUGCUAUUGAAUGGUGGAAUUUUAAUAUCGUCCAAUGUCAAUUCAUUAUCGUCCCAAUCUUCAUCAUCUUCGUCAUCAUCGUCGUCGUCGUCGUCAGCAGCCACAACCACAGCAGCAGCAGCAGCAGUAGAAGCAAAUGACGUCAACAGGCCUAUCGAUGCGACUAUGAGCAGUGCACUGGGUAUGCAACAGCACAGCCAUAAUUACAAUUACUCCUCCUCCUCCACAUCAGUGCUAGCGCCUCAGACAAUAACUCUUGCCAGUAAUCGUAAAAGUAAUGGUUAUGCGAUCAAUGGCACUUUACUACAACCUCCCGAAAUUCUUUCACAGACUUCUAAUGCCACAACAUUGCCCAGCUCUGCAUCGGCGUUGACGGUCGUCGAUUCGCAUAAAACAUUGCCACAACAGCAGCAGCAGCUACAGAUACAACAAAAUUCCGAUUCAGGUACCACUUUUGUAUUCACUUCACCCACCUCAACAUUUAAACGUAAAAAGCAACAACAACUGCUACGAGAAGAGGAAGAACAAUUGCUAAAUAAACAGCAGCAGCAGCAGGAGGAGCGUCUGCUGCUCAACAAUAACUUGGCCAAAGGUGUCUAUGCGGAAGGGCCAAUAGGCAGUGGCGAAAGUGCAACAAACUUAAACGAAGAUUACACCAAAGGAUGUCAUAGCAGUACAAGCCUUUUAAGACACUGGAACCAGGAACAACAACAGCAGCAGCAUCAACAACAACAAGCUAUUCGUUAUCAGCGUUACAACAAGCCAAAUGAUACAAAGACGGUGAUAAAUACUAGCACAGGUGUGAUUAUCACUGACAACGCCGGUGUUAACUACGCUUCAUCGUCCACAUCCUCCCUAAUAGCGGGCGGAAACGGAACUAUAACGGAAAACCUUAACGGCAGUACAUCGAGCGCACGUUCAACACGCCGUAUCCACACCUUACCCCUUCUAUCUACCACUGCCGGCUGUAGACAACAACAACAGCAACAAUUGCCCACAUCAUUCAUAGCGGAUGGUGUAGUGGAUUUAGUGCAUGACACUAAAUGUGCUGCAGGAAAAACCUCAACAUCUUUAUCAUCACCCCCCGGCCAACUAACAACAGCAACUUAUCCCUCCUCGAGCAACUCCAAAAGCAACAACAAAUUUCCAUACUCAACAACGGCCUCGUCAAAACGCAACCGCAUCACCGCCCAAAAUCAACGGCAAAAACAGAAACUCUCGUCGACAAUGCAAGCCAGCAGUAGUGGCGGCAGUGGGACCACAACAACUGCCAAGGGUUUUAGCAACACCUCCAGUCUAGUCGAUGACAUUGAAAUGAAUUUGGGCCUGAUCGGUUGGCGGAAAAAAUGCCUCUACACCCUGCUGGUGCUGCUAAUGUUGUUAAUCAUUGUCAAUUUGGGUCUGACGCUGUGGAUACUAAAGGUCAUGGAAUUCUCAACGGAAGGCAUGGGCCAACUUAAAAUUGUUCCUGGAGGCAUACAACUUACUGGACAAGCUUUAAUUAUGGAUAUGUUACGAGCCUCAUCGAUACGUUCAAGGCAUGGCCAGCCUUUAUCUAUAGAAACAUCACGUAAUUUUUCAAUCAAUACACGCGGCGUCGAUGGUCUGCUGGAAAAUCAUUUAUUUCUGGGACACGAUAAGCUCGAGUGCAUGGCGACAUCAUUUCGCAUCAAUGAUACAAACGGAAGAAAUUUAUUUUCCGUUAAUCGAGAUGAAGUCACAAUCGGAGCCCAUGCCCUGCGUGUGGACGGCGAAGGUGGUGCGAUUUUCCGUGAAUCGAUACAGACACCGCAUGUACGUGCCGAACCGGGACGUGAAUUAAGAUUGGAAUCGCCUACUCGACAGUUAGAAAUGAAGGCAGCUCAGGAAAUAAAUUUACAAUCACGGGCCGGAGGCAUUGAGAUAUCUGCCUUGGAGGAUAUAAAGUUAACCACAAUAGAAGGCAGUUUACGCUUUGAGUCAUCGAAAAUAUUCAUGCCAAAUCUACGCACAGUCCCAUCCAUACAGGGACCACCACAGAAAGAUCAUACGCAUCGUGUCUUUCAACUUUGUGCCUGUUCCAGUGGUAAGCUCUUCUUGGCCAGUUCACAUUCGUCGUGUGCUGGCGAUGACAGCACCGUUUGUAGAUGAUUGAAGGAAGACACCGGCAAAGGACAAUAACUCAAAUGAAAAGUUAAUGAAUGAAGAACAACAACAACAAAACCAUAAACAAAUCACACACACAUAUGAAUCAUAAGAACUGACAAUGCGCCUGAUGCAGGGGUUUUAGGUAAUUAAUAAACGUUAAGGUAAAAAAACAACAAAAAACAAUAUAAAAUAGUGUAAUUAAUAUGUAUGUAGUUUUUGUAAGAAAAAUUAUAUAAAGUUAAGAACUUAGAGAAGUGUUUUGAAAAAUAUUUUUUUUAUUUUCUUGUUAUGUAAAUGGUUAAACGUCGCAUAAUGACAACGAUUGUGAAUUUUAAAUGAUUUGUAAAUUUAACUUUGUAAAAUGUUGGGGUUUGAUUUCAUUGAGAAAUAUUAGUGAGGAUUUUUAAUUUGAAAUAUUGG